CCCAUUACUUGCAGCACUCAUGUGUCUUCUCAAGAAUGAAGCUGAAACGGACCACGGAGUCAAAACUACUAAAAGUGCAGCUGUCAACAGACGUUUUAGUCAGGCAGACUCUAAACCCUUAUUCUGCAUCGCGAUUGUGCUUGAGCCACGAUACAAGGAUCACUACAUUGGUGUGGAGAAAAAGCAGAGGGUAAAGGAAAUGGUCCAGGCUGAAUUGGACUUAUUAAAACCACUUGGAGACAGUGAAGUGACGCACAGAGAGGGCGCAGAGAGAAAAAGAAUGCGCACCACAGAGGCAGCGCGUGAACCCUCACUCUCUGACAUGUUUGAAGAAAUCCUUCAGGAAAACGACUCAGAUUCCAGGCAGACUACUACAAGUGCCACUGCUCAACAGCUGGACUGUUACCUGUCAGAAGUCCUCAUCCCCAGGAGUGACAAUCCUCUAACAUAUUGGAGGACCAAUCGAGACCGCUUUCCUGACUUAGCACAGAUGGCACGCAGGUACUUGUCUGCUCCAUGCACCAGCACAGACAGUGAGAGGCUGUUUAGUGCUGCAUCCAAUGUCCUCGAUGAGAGGAGGAACAUCUGACAUGUGACAAAGCAGAGAAGCUACUGUUCAUAAAGAAGAACCUGCCACUGUUCCUGAAGGAUUAGGCUAAGUAGACUUAUGCCAAAAGGACAAUAGUUCAUUUGUUAUUUGCACUUAGGUUUUUUCAAUGCAUUUUAAUGCAUGUUUUUGUUGGAAUGUCUACAGCAGGGGUCAGCAUAGGUUCAAUCAUGGGCCAGAUUUCUUAACCUUUUUUGGGGGGCUUGACAUACAGGCACAGUUGUUGAUGUUUUUGUCUGACAUCUAAGACAAAUUAAAUUUGUUUUAUACAUAGUUAGUUUCCUUCUUUUUAUUCUGAAGCUGAAGUACUGUUAUUGACAAAUCAGUUCUGGCCUAGGAUAUGUUGUGUACCUGUAUAAGUGUAUGAGGUUACAAGCACACACUUAUUGAGAUUUAGUGGGGCCUCUUUUUACAUUAUUAGCCUGUUGUGUAGGCUACCUGUAUAAGUGUAUGAGGUUACAAGCACACACUUAUUGAGAUUU